GUUUAAAGCAAAUGGAACAGCAGAAAUUAGUCGAGUGGAUGAUCAAAUGGACGCUGGUGUCGAGAAGAUUAAUUCAAUACUGGAAAGUUUCAUGGGCAUAAACGAUACAGAUUUGGCGACCCAAAUUUGGGAAAAAGGCGAAGGCCGAACGAAUUCCAUGGAAUUUGCCGAAGCUAUAGACAACUCGGAUUUGGAAGAGUUAGGAUUCACAGACGACUUGAUUAUAGAAUUGUGGGGUGCAAUAACCGAUGCCAGAGCAGGAAGACUGUAGUGUAUAAUUUAAUUAAUAAUAAUAAGUAACGACUUUUUUCGAAGGAUUUUGUGUUAUUUUUCUUUUAGAGUACAUUUCAAGUGCCUUUUAUAUUGAUAAGAUAUUUAGGUUCUACAUAUAGGAACUUUGUAUUUAUUUAUAAAGCUUAAAUAAACGACGUUUAUAUACCC